UAUGCCCCCAUAUGAUAUAAUGAGAUGACGAGAUAUCUCCCUGGCAAGUAGCAAUAGCAGAGCCGGCGCACGAUAGGAAGAGGAUUCCAAAAAGCAAGGUGGGCGAACAACAUGGAUAGGGUGUUUUCGGUGGAUGAAAUAUCCGAUCAGUUCUGGUCGCCGCCGAUGUCCACCGGAACCCAUGAACCCUCCAAGAUGAACCGCAGCGCCUCCGAGUGGGCCUUCCAGCGCUUCCUUCAGGAAGCUUCUGUUCCCUCCCCGACCUCUCCGGCCUCUUCUUCCUUUCCUCCUCACCGUAACGAUGACCCUUCGCUUCAUAUCAAGGAUCAACCUAAACAGGAUCCCGCUCUGAAUACGGGGGUCACGCCACUGCAGCCCAAUGUGCCUUCUCCCGCUCCUUCUAUUCCUAAAAUUCCCGUCAAUUCCGAUGACUACCAGGCUUACCUCAAGACCAAACUCAAUCUCGCCUGUGCGGCCGUCGCAUUGUCUCGGCAACAGGGAUCUUUAGGCAAAGCUCAAGAUUCAGCUCCUUUUGUUGACAGUGGAUCACAGGCUUCUGAUUCUUCUCAAGUCGGACCUCAGGCUACUUUUAAAGGAUCUGGUAUAUCUGGUCCAUAUGGAAGUGAUCCAUCUAAAUUACUAGAUAAAGAUACGAAAGCACCAGUUGGAAUUCCUUCCUUACCUGUGAUCCAAAAGAAGCCUGCUAUUGCAAACAAGCCAACAACAAGUGGAUCCUCAAGGGAGCUGUCGGAUGAUGAUGAUGUUGAGGGAGAAACGGAGAUGACUGAAAAUAUGGACCCUGCUGAUGCAAAACGAGUAAGGAGGAUGCUUUCCAAUAGGGAAUCUGCUAGGCGUUCAAGAAGGAGAAAGCAGGCUCAUUUAACUGAGCUCGAGACACAGGUUUCUCAAUUAAGAGUUGAAAAUUCAUCCUUGUUAAAGCGUCUUACUGAUGUAAGCCAUAAGUACAAUGAAUCUGGUGUUGACAACAGAGUAUUAAAAGCUGACAUUGAAACAUUGAGAGCAAAGGUGAAGAUGGCUGAAGAGACUGUCAAAAGAAUUACUGGAUUGAACCCAAUGUUUCAUGCCAUGUCCGAGAUAUCAUCAAUGGGUAUCUCUUCAUUUGAUGGGAGCCCUCCAGACACGUCAGCAGAUGCAGCUGUUCCUGUGCAAGAUGAUCCAAUCCAUCACUUUUAUCAACCUUCGAAUACUCCUUUGUCCAGUCAUGAUCUGGGAGUGAACAAUGGAUUGGGGGAUGUUUGUUCAAAUGAAAAUGGUCAGCUGAGCAGGGCAGCUGUGGUAGCCGGGAACAGGAUGGGACAAACAGCUUCCCUUCAGCGGGUGGCUAGCUUGGAACAUCUGCAGAAGAGAAUUUGUGGUGGUGCAGAUUCAUCUGGACCUUCUUCCAGUGGAGAUCAUUAGUCAAUUAUUGUUUGAGAAAGUUCAGAAACAACUUGUAUUUUGGAGGUAGACUUAUUCAUCUUUGACCGCAUCAGUCUGUUGUUCGGGAUAUAGCCCAUUGUGUUCCAGACCAUAUGUACAGCUGAUGGAGCUGCAUGCAAAUCUGAUGUAGUUAAAUUUGAUGGAGUCAGAAUGAAUAGUGGUAGAUUAGCAUCGCUAACGCAAAAUGGGGAUUAUUAUAUCUUCCGGUGAAUUGAUGUCGCAUUGUUGCGGUCACCAAGGCUGCAAGGAGAAGUUGGCACCAUGAGCCACCAAUGAUUUAUAAAUUACCUUAUGUUGCUUAGGGAACGCACCAAUUAUCUCCUGUUUAUAUAUGGAGUGUCAUUCAAUUCA